GCCUCCCUCCUAUUCCUAUAAGUAAACCCUCCCUAACAUACCAAACAACAAUUCUUCAUAUUUGUACCAACAAACGCAUCGACUCACCCCCCAUCCGUAUCUCACUCACCACCCCGGUAGUGACCAUCAUGCCUGGCCUCUUAUUUCGAGUAUUCUUUAUCGGCGUAUCAAUAACUCUGGCGCAUGGCUUCGCCACUGCGACACGUAGACGCCUGGGAAGACUCCGAUUCCGUUUAGGAUGGUGGUUAGGUAUUCUACCAUAUAGACAGGGUGGGCAUAUUGGAGGACGAAAUCUUUUUGCCCGAUACGUCCCCGUCGGCGUGAAUCGACGGGCCCGGGUUAUUCAAGAUGCUUAUGUAUUAGGGUUCGGCGUCGGUGACCUAGAACACUGAAGGAUCACUACAGAGAGGGAAUUUUACAUUCACCUUGACGAUACUCACCCUUUAUUAUCACCUGGUAUAGAAUAGCUCUAAAAAGCUGUAUAGUGGCUAAUUAGAAUAUUAAACAUUAUCUGUUGUGAUACC